AUGUUUAUCUCAGACUUGUGCUUCUGUUUGAAUGGUAAGAAAAAGGAAACUAAGGCUUUCUUAAUAGGAAAGAAUCAAUAUAAGAAGGUAUUCCUUAAAGAUUUUUUCGAUAUUGAGGUCAAUAACUUUGAUGAUUUUCAAACAAUACCUGCGGAUAUUAACGGCAACAAGAUUACGUUAUUAAUGCACUCUGAUACUGUAACUGAUGAAAAUCUCAGAAAUAUCCAAUUAGAACAUUGUUCACAUUUGAUAUUUCUGACAGAUGAAGAUGUUGAACAAUUUUAUAAAAAACCUACUAUUUUAUUUCUAAUGAGAGGAGUUUCUCAUCAAAGAAAUAGAGAACAUUACACCGUGAUCAAUUAUGAAAAUAAUUUAGAUGACAUUAAAACAACUUUUAAAAAAAUUAUUUUCAAUAAAUAA